AGGAACUCACACACCUUUGACUGUCUCCUGUCUGUUCGCAGCUGUGUGACUGUGGGUUUCUGCCAUGUCUCUCUCCCCGCGCCGGUCCCAGAGGGGUUUCAGUGCUCACUCAGCUUGUUCUGCUCGCUCGGGGGGCCGAGGCAGGGGCAGCUUCAGCAGCAGGAGCCUCAAUUCCUUUGGGGGUUCCCGAGGAGGCUCUCGCGGAAGGGCCUGGGGGUCAGUGGGAAGGCUAGGGAUGCAGUUUGGGAACAGGAGUGGUGGGCCUGGGCUUCUCCUGUGCCCUCCGGGGGGCAUCCAGGAAGUAACCGUCAACCAGGAUCUGCUGACCCCACUGAAGAUUGAGAUUGACCCCCAGUUCCAGGUGGUGAAGACUCAGGAGACCCAAGAGAUCAGAACCCUCAACAACCAGUUUGCUUCCUUCAUUGAUAAGGUACGGUUCUUAGAGCAGCAGAACAAGGUCCUGGAGACCAAGUGGCACUUCCUGCAGCAGCUGGGGGUGAGUGACAGCCCCCAGGGCCUGGAGUCUUUUUUUGAGGACUACCUGGCCCAGCUCAGAAAGCAGCUAGAGGAGCGCCAGAGACAACGAUGGGCUCUGGAUGCUGAGCUGAAGUCUUGCCAGGACCAGGAGGAGGAGUACAAGACCAAGUAUGAACAGGAAGGUCACAAGCGUGCCACGGCUGAGAAUGACUUUGUGGUCUUCAAAAAGGAUGUGGACGAGGUUUUCCUGAGCAAGAUGGAGUUGGAAGGCAAGCUGGAGUCCCUGAGAGGGUACAUCUUCUUCUUGAGGCGUCUGUAUGAAGAAGAACUGGGCCAGCUCCGGACCCAGGCCAACGACACGUCCGUGGUGCUCUCCAUGGAUAACAACCGCUGCCUGGACUUCAGUGACAUCAUUGCUGAGGUCCGUGCCCGGUACGAGGAGAUCGCCCAGACCAGCAAGGCCGAGGCCCAGACACUGUACCAGACCAAGUACCAGGAGCUUCAGGCGUCUGCCCAGCUUCAUGGGGACAGCAUGGAGGAAACCAAAGUCCAGAUUUCUCAGCUGCAGCAGGCGAUUCACAGGCUGCAGAGUCAGAUUGAGAACCUCAAGAAGCAGAUUGCCAACCUGGAAGCUGCCGUCACUGAUGCUGAGCAACGUGGUGAGCUGGCUCUCAAGGAUGCUCAGACCAAGCUGGCCAAACUGGAGGUUGCUCUGAAAGCCUCCAAGCAGGACAUGGCCCGGCUGCUGCGUGACUACCAGGAGCUCAUGAGCACAAAGUUGUCUCUGGACGUGGAGAUCGCUACCUACCACAGGCUGCUGGAGGGCGAGGAGUACAGGAUGUCUGGGGAAUGCACCAGCCAGGUCACUAUCUCCACGGGGGAAGGCAGCAUCGUUGUGUCUGGAGGAGCUGGCGAUAGCCUGGUGGGCACUUGUGGACUUGGAGGCGGGAAAGGCAGUUUUGGGUCCAGCUGUUCCAGUGUCGUUACCGGAGGCUCCAACAUCAUCCUGGGCUCUGGGCAGGGCCUUGUUAUGGGCUCCUCCUCUGUGUCUGGUUCCGGGUCCAGCUCCAGCUGCCACACCAUCCUGAAGAAGACAGUUGAGUCAAGUCUCAAGACGUCCAUCACAUACUGAGUGCCAUGACAGCCGCUUGCUCCCCUGUCCCUAUCCCCAUCACCUCAAUCCCUGCAUGGCCAGCUCUGUGUCCACUGCCUACCACCCGAGUCAACCCACAGGGGAUGCUGCCAAAGUCAAUAAAGUCAUG